AUGGACGCGAUCGACCUCACCGGAAGCGGAAGCGAUGAGGACGACCCGAAGCGCCGCCCCGGGCCAGAAGGAGGACUCGGCGCACACGCGGCUCCGUCUACUGCGGAGGGAUUCGCCACCUCGACUUCGGGCGCUGCAGGCGCUGCGGUUGGAACCACCGCCCAUCCCUCUGCCUCGUCGUCGCCGACGCACAGGCCUCUUGGUCAGCAACCUGCUUCAUCAUCAAGUCACAACAACCACAACCACGUCAACCACACGCCUGCCCACGCAUCUUCCUCUUCCUCGCACUCACUUCCUUCUCUCUCCUCCACUUCGCACUCACCCACAAGCAACAACACGAUACACCGACCUCAUUCCUCGACUGGAAGCACACCGGGAUUCCCGCCAGCUUACCCAGUGGCAAACACAGCCGACGACGACGUGAUGGUUACGGGCCAGAGCGGGCCGUCCCCGAACUUCGGCGCAAUGCUGGGCGCAGCGAGCGCGGCGGCGCACCACCAGCCCCCCCAUCUUCCGCGCUACCCCUCUGGUUCCUAUUCGAACGGCGCUGGCCCCGGUCCCAGCUCGUCCUCGAGCUCGGCGGGCCCUUCUCGAGCUAACGACGGCGCCUCGGCUGCUGCCGCUAUCGAUGUCGACAGCCUGCCGCCUGCGCCCGUGUCGCGCCGCCCGAAUCCGAAGAAGCCCGUCUGUAUCGGCGCUUUCAUGAGCAGGGCUAUCAUGCUGUACCCCCAGAGCUGCGCUAUGGCGGGCUGCGGCCCGCCCCAGGGGAGUAAAUGGGACUUGGUCAACUUUCGCGGCGUAGAGAUGAUCCGCGUCAAGCUCAAGCUGCGCAGGGCUGGGACACAGGGACGGCCUAACGAGCCGUGGACGACUGUGAGCCGGGAUACGAUCCAGGUCCUCACUCCCGACAUGCGAUGCUACAUCGGCGACCUUGACGAGACGAUGGCGUCCCACCUCAUUCCGAUGCUGGAGCGCGGCCUUUGCCGCUUGGAGGGCUUUGCUCUGCGUCUGCAGCCCAAUGCUCCAACGUACGAGAUUCGCAUCAACGUCAUGAUCUUCACGCUCCCGAGCAACAUCAACUACAUUGUCGACACGCUCACGUCGCACAAGAUCUUCCUCCUCGACCCGAUGCCGCCGUACGACCCGCAGCGACACACCGACCAUCCCGAGUACAUCAACGGUCACGGGUCCGGCGAGAUUGCGUACAAGCUGUACCUGCAGUCGCGCUCGAGCCAGACGUACGGGUACACGCAGCAGGACAAGGCGAAGCAGGUCGAGGUGCAGCGCGCCCAGGUCGACGAGGUGUUCAAGAGCAUCGACAACGGCAUGGAGCUCGAGCAGACGGAUCCGGGACCGUGGAUCAAGACCGAGCUGUUCCCGCACCAGCGCAAGGCGCUAACCUUCCUCCUGCAGGGCGAGCAGGACUGGUCGUCGCUCAAGGCCGCGCGCAAGAGCUACCGCAAGCUCACGGGCAAGAAGGACAAGCCCGAGCAGGACGAGGCUAGCCGAGACUCGACGCCCGGCGACAAGGCGGCUGACAAGGACAAGGCCAAGGACAAGGAGGACAACCUCCGCAGUCUCUGGGAGGGCCAGCCGGACGAGAAGGGCCGCAUCAAGGUGUUCAAGAACAAGGUCACGGGCGAGACAGUGCGCGGCAAGCGGCCAAAGGACGCCAAGGGUGCCAUUCUCGCCGACGACAUGGGUCUCGGCAAGACGUUGUCGGUCGUUUCGCUGAUUGCCGCGACGCGCUCGGCCGCCAACCAGUGGCACGACAAGAAGCUCGAGACAAUCUCGCCCGUUGCUAGUGACGACGAGGGGAAGCCAGAGCUGCCGGCCAGCGUCAUGACCACCAAAGUCUUUGGCAUGCCCGAGGGCGCCGAGGUUGUCGAGGGGUCCAAGGCGAAGAAGCGGCGCCGGGACAAGGAGUCGGACGAGGCGACGCGGAUCCGGCGCUCGCAGCUGGUCCGUCGCUCCAAGGCCACGCUGCUCGUGUGCCCCAUGUCGACGAUUACGAACUGGGAGGACCAGCUGCGCGAGCACUGGGACGGUAAGGUUGAGGUCGUUGGCGGUCAGUCGGUGGAGAAAAAGAAGAAGGACGACAAGCCCGUCGACAAGGACGACCUCCUCCGCGUGUACAUCUACCAUGGCACGAGCCGGCGCGCGGACCCGCGCUUCCUCGCCGAGUUUGACGUGGUCAUCACGUCCUAUGCCACGCUCGCAAACGAGUACUCGAAGCAGUGCGCGACUGCCGACGACGACACCUCGACUCCUGCCACCCACACGACGGCGAACAGCGACGACGACACAAAGGACAGCUCGUGCAACUCGCCCGCCAAGCCUGGCAAGUCGGAACCGCCAAAGCCUCUCGCGUUAGAAAAGGCGCUGAACCAGACGAAGAAGAAGGGAGGACGCCGGCGCGGCACGCCCGAGCCGAGCCCGCUGCAGAGCGUCGACUGGUUCCGCGUCGUGCUCGACGAGGCGCACAGCAUCAAGUCGUCGCAGACAGUCGCGUGCAAGGCGUGCUGCUACCUCGAAGCCGACCGCCGCAUCGCGCUGACGGGUACGCCGAUCCAGAACCGGAUCGAGGACGUGUGGGCCUUGUUCAAGUUUCUGCGCCUGUCGCCGAUUGACGACAAGGAGGUGUUCAACAAGUUUAUCACGACGCCGUGCAAGACGGGCGAGCAGAUUGGCAUCGCGCGCUUGCAGCUCAUCAUGCGCACGUGCUCCCUCCGCCGCACCAAGGACACGGAAACCGAAGAGGGCAAGAAGAUUCUCUCCCUCCCGCCCCGCCGCGAGUUGCAGGUGUGGCUCGACCUGCGCGAAGACGAACGCGCCAUCUACGACGAGCGCCUGCACGACAUCAAGAAGGAGGUCGACGAGCUCCAGGCCAAGAAGGAGCUGACGAAGAACUAUGCGCACGUGCUCCAGCACCUUUUGCGUCUGCGGCAGACGUGCGACCACGUCGAUCUCGCCGGUUCCGGCGUGACGGAGGACGACUACAACGAUGGCGAGAUCAUGGGCAUCGACGACGCCGUGGCGGGCAUCGAGCGGCACGGGCUGACGCAGGGACGCGCGCUCGCCGUGAUCUGCGCGGCAAAGGACAAUGACAACUGCGUGUGUGCCGAGUGCGGGCACGACUUUUCGCCCUACUUCCCCUCUGUCGGUCUCGGGGGUGUCGUCGAGGACGACGCCGUCAAGGACGAGGCCAAGCCCGAAAAGGGCAAGAAGAGCACGCACCCCUUGCUCACCAAGUGCCUGCACAUCUUCUGUCCUGGUUGCUUCAAGCGGAACACGUGGCCGCAGUGGCCGAAGAACGUGAAGGGGUGCAUGCGGCACUGUGCCAAGUGCUCGCGCGAGCUGCGGCUGGACAAGGACGUAGCGGACGUCAUCCCGCCGAGCGAGCUGGACGACGAGACGGCCAAGCGUCCAGCCCCAACACGGAGGAAGUGGCGCCGCCAGCCCGGCGAGCACCUCAUCAUGAGCACGAAAAUGCAGUUCCUGCACGACGAGCUCAUGAAGCUGUCCCGCCAGAACAAGCACAGUGCCAACUACGACCCGUUCGGGACGCACGACGACGGCAUCGUCGAGACGGACGACGAGGGCAACCCCAUCCCGACGAAGAGCAUCGUGUUCUCGCAGUGGACGACGAUGCUGGACCGGAUCGAGGACAUGCUGCAAGAGUCCAACAUCCGUUUCUGCCGGCUGGACGGGAGCAUGACGCGCGAAGCGCGUGCCGAGGCCAUGGAGGCGCUCAAGACAAAGGGCGUCGAGGUCAUGCUCGUCUCGACGCGCGCGGGCGGCGUGGGCCUCAAUCUCACCAGCGCAUCGCGGGCUUUCCUCGUCGAUCCAUACUGGAACCCAUCGGUCGAGGCACAGGCCAUUGACCGUAUCCACCGCCUCGGGCAGAAGCGGCCAGUCACGGCUCUGAAACUCAUGAUCAAUGGAUCCGUCGAGGAGAGGCUGCAGAAGAUUCAGCAGAAGAAGGAACACCUCGCCAAACUCUCGUUGAAGAAUAUGACGAGAAAGGAACUCAUGGAGCAGAAGGCGGAGGAAUUGGCUAGUCUGUUUAGCUAA